GGUUUUAACCAUGCUUCUUCUACGGAUAGGAUCAUUAUUUUUACUAGUUUCAUCCGCACUGAGUCAGAAAGAAGAUCCGUAUAAAGUUCUUGGAAUCAGUAGAAGAGCCAGUGCUAAAGAGAUCAAAAGUGCUUAUAAAAGUCUUGCAAGAGAAUGGCAUCCUGAUAAACGGAAAGAUGAAGCUGCUUCAGGUCGUUUUAUGGAAAUUGCUGAAGCUUACGAAGUUCUGUCGGAUCCUUUAAGAAAGGAACGUUAUGAUCGAUUUGGAACUUUUGACGAUGUUAAACAAUUUGAAGACAACGCAGAAAGAGCUAGAUCGUUUUAUGGAUUCGGAGGUUUUGGCGGUUUUGGAUUUGACGAAAGUGUAUUUGAGUACAAAUAUCGAAUGUCAUAUCAGCAAUAUCAGUUCAAAAUAUUGGAAGAAUCAAAUACGAAGCCAUAUAUUGUAUAUAUUUAUUCAAAUUAUUGUCAAAUGUGUUAUCGUUUCCAUCCGCAAUGGAAACGAGUUAUUGCUGAUCUCGAACCACUUGGUUACGGUAUUGCUACGGUAAAUGGUAACAGAGAACAAAAUUUGAUGGAGAAAAUGCGCAUUUCUCAUGUUCCUGCAUUGGUAGCAAUUGUGGAAGGAAGAAUUAUUCCGAUGCGGAUUGACUCCAGCUUCAGUGAUAGAUCUAUUGUCGCAUUUGCUCAAAAAGUGAUACCUAGCUACUUUAUGACGAAAAUCAAUUCCGGAGUCAUGCUGUCCCGUUUUGUUGAUCAAUGGAAAAGCAGCAACAAAAUAUCAGUUGUGAUUUUCGGAGCAGCCGCCAAUCCAAGAAUUCGUUAUCUGCUCGCCGCAAUGAAAUACUCGCAAUUCGCUCGAUUUGCUUAUGUUUCACUAUCGGAUAGUUCAGACGAAGUUCGAAUUCUGAGAGAAUCAGUCGAUAUUAAGUGUGUUCAAUGUGAGAAUAUUCUAAUUUAUGGAGACAUGGAGCAUGAAGAUGCUGUCGAUCGAUUAUCCAUAAGUGAAGCUAAAAAAUUAACAAUGGAGGCAAUCGAUGAAUUUAUCGAAAGAAACAAAGUUCUUACAUUACCUAGACUAUCGUCACAAGAAUUACUCGAUGAAGUUUGUCCAGUGUCUUCAAGAUCACCACGUCAUCUUUGUGUAAUCCUUCCAGUAACAUCUCAUAGUUCCGAAGAAGAACAUGUUGACGCAUUCCGUCGUUACGUGAAAGAUACUAAAUCAAUUUGGAAAUCUAAAAAAGUCAAUUUUUCAUACAUCUAUGUGGAUAAACAAAAGGAUUGGGUCAAACCAUUUGCGGAAAAACGGAAGGGAGAAUUGAAAAAUGAAGGACGAGAUUUACUGAUAUUCUGGAGAACUGAAUACAAGAAAGCAAGAUUUACAUGGCUGGAAGGAGCAUGGACAGGACACAAGGAAACUGAUGAUUUGAUUAUGAAUGUCGUUGAACAAAGAAAACGAUUAGAUGAGACUUGUACUGUUGGAAAUAUUAACGAUGAAUAUGGACUUUCGAUAUUUACAAGAUGUAGUCGUGCAUUCUGGAGAAUGUGGGAAGUUGUAUGGUUUCGUGUAUCAAAUGAAGAAACGUACAUGUUCUUAUCUGCAGUUGGAACACUUUUUAUGAUUAUGUCAGUUGGAUGGCUUUUUAGUUAUUUCAGUGAAAAGCCAUCAGAUAUCAAAAAGCGAAAACCGAAAGCAAAUGAUGUGGCAGAUUUAACUGGUGAUCCAACAAUAGCAAGUGAUUGGCAUCCGGAUGAUCCGAAUACUAAAAAGAAGGACGGAGAUAAUUCUAAACAGAUUUCUAGUGGAAAAUCGAAAUGGGCAGUUGCAAUGAAACCAUUAAUUCAUGAACUUCGAGCAGAAACAUAUUUUGGAAUGAUUCGUCUUUUGAAACCUGGAUGUAGAUCAAUGAUACUUUUAGUUGAUGAAGAAAACAAGGAUUCAUUGAUCAACAAGUUCUCACAAUAUGUGUAUCCUCUCAGAAACAACAAAACAUUCUCAUUCGGAUUUCUGAUAGUUCCAAAAAAUCUGGAUUGGUUCCGUAAACUACUGGAGCAUACACUUCCAACUGAUGGAAAACCAACGCCUGAACCAGAUGUUAGUCAAUCAAUGUAUAAAAGACUGAAAUUAAUCAACCAUCGACAUACUAUUGGAACAGUUUUGACACUAUGCGGUUGGAAGCUCUAUUUCUCAAUUUACCAUCCAAAACACGUGGAGCUGAGUCGUCGGAAUUUCAUCGACACUGACGAGGAGCCCAGUAGUGAUGAUGAAGCAUCGUACAGAAGUGACGAGUUUGCAUCAAUGGGUGAAAAGAAAAAAUUACAUAGAAGCUCUUCUCAACGUGGAGUUAACAUGGAAAAUGUACUGGAUGGUUUCCCGAAUUGGAUGGAUCGUCUUUUAGAAGGAUCUAUCAGAAGAUACUACAUCCCCGAGUGGCCGGAUAAUCUGAAGUAAUCUUCAACUAAUUAUGAGGUUUCCCCCCGUUCAUCAAUAUGUCUACCUUCUCGUCCUCUCUUUUUGGCUCUCUCUCCCUCUCUAUCCCUCUCAUACAUUUGGUGCUCAAAGAUUUUCUUCUCAGCUAGUUCACAAGUUCACAACUCUUGAUCUUAAUUCGUGUUAUUUCUUUCUUUCAUAAAUUUCACUCUAUUGCUUCAGUUAUCUAACUUGUUUAUUCAAUCACUUGUCAAUUGCCAUCUCGGAUUCUACGCCAAUACUUUAAUAAGAAACAUAAUAAGAGAACAUAUUUUAUCAUUAUAAUAAAUAUUUUACU